CACACGAGCGCCCUGCAGAACCAUUGUGCUCUCUUUUCUCUCUGACAGCACACUCUGCUCGCCGCUGGACUGAAACAGCAGUGGACUUCGUCGACACCAACACACUAACGACACCUCACGCGUAACAUCAAGACACUGAUUCUCGGAAUGUCCGUCACCGUGGCGGAAGCAGAACUAACGGGGCCCGUUCUGGCGGAUGCCACGAACGCGCCGCAAACGACUCAGGAAAUCGGCAAGCUGGUCGAGAUCGAGGACGUCGUCCAGAAGGAACCCAGUGUCGACGUGCAUGAUGUGCAAGAACCCACGGAGGCUACCUCAGAGCCAGAAGUGGCCGCGCCUUCCACUGAGGAAGUCAAGGAGGUGGUAGAUGAGGACGCGUUAUCUGCCGAGCCCGUGGCUCUGGUGAAUGGCGAGAAGGAGGAAGUGCAUGAGAAUGGAGAGGCUGCUCCGGCCAACGUCGAAGUGGCCAAGAUCGAUGUAGAGGCCACCGCGGUCGACACUACCGCAUCAGACGCGUCACACGCUGUAAAGGGCGAUAUCGCUCCAAAUGGUCAUGCGCCACACCACGACGCUGACGAAAGUGCGGCACACGAGCCCGAAGCGGAGGCUACGAAGCCUGUCGAUGAGGUUGCUGUUCCUCCAUCAACUGAGAUGGAACAGCAGACCGUCCCCGCCGACGAGAUCUCCAGCGAGCUCACAUCCGUUGAAGAGGUUUCCCCCCAGGAGAUCGUGCUGGAGGCCCAAGCAGAGGAAGUAGUUGAGGACAAGGUCGAAGAGGAACCCAUUGUCGCCGCUCCCGAGGCUGCUGCUCCGUCAGAGCCAGCACCUGCGGAGGAGCCUUUAGAGGAACCUAUCGAGGAAGCAACUGCGCCCGACGUUAUUGAGGCACUGUCGCCAGAGGGGUACACACCGGCUGCCGAGACCCAGACCAUCCUGGCGGACAUGAUCCCGGUCGUGGAGGAGGACGGCACCGUGGUUGAGAAGGCAAUCCCUGCGUCAGAACCGACCGACGUUGAAGACGCGCCGCUGGCGGCGGAGGAGGCUCCCGCGGAAUCCGAGACCGAGACUACUGCGGUGGCGGACGCGCCUACGGAAGACCUCGCUGCUGCCGCAGAGAGCGACGUGGUAGCGGAGGCGGCCGAGGUCGUGGAGGCGGCUGCACUGGCCGAGGAAUUCUUGGCCGCGCCUGAAGAGGAGGCAACACCGGUUGUGGAGGAGGCUCUCGAGGAGAUUACUCCGCCAAGUGAGCCCGCUGCGGAGGAGGUCCCGGCGGAGGCACCAGUCGAGGAACCUAUCACUGCGGACGAGGCACCAGUCGAGGAACCUGUUACUGUGGACGAGGCACCAGUCGAGGAAUCUGUUACCGUGGACGAGGCUCCUGCAGCUGAAGUAGAAAUCGAGGUACCUGUAGUUGAGGAACCUCCUGCUUCAACGGACUCUGCGCCGGUUGAGGAGGUUCCCGCUAUCGAAGAGCUAGUGCCGGCCGUUGAGGAGUUGGCUGUGUCUGCUGAACCCGCGGUAGAGGAUGUCGCUGUUGCGGAAGCCCCUCUUGACGCUGGAGAGUCCGUUGUAGUCGAAGAACACGUUGCACCUGUGGAUGCCGUCGCAGCUGAAGAACCCGAGGUUCUCGUAGAACUCUCCACCCCCGAAGAAGCGAUUGCAGCAGAAGAGCCUGCUGGCGCUGAGGUACCUACUGUUGCUGAUGUGGAAGAAACCCUCGUCGCCGAGGAGUCUGCGUCCAUCGAGGAGCCUACCCCGGUUGAAGAAGUACCUGCUCCCGUUGAAGAAGUACCUGCGCCCGUUGAAGAAGUACCUGCUCCCAUUGAAGAAGUGCUUGCCCCGGUUGAAGAAGCGGAAGUGCCUGCCCCCAUUGAAGAAGUACCUGCCCCGGUCGAAGAAGCGCUUGCCCUGGUCGAAGAAGUCGUCAUCGCCGAGGAGGGAGCUCCAGCUGCUGACGUGACUGCGGAGGCCGAUGUUGCACCCACAGCUGCGGACGUCUUUGAGGAAACUGCUGCGGCAGAUCCUGUUAUUGACGAGGCAGCACCAGUCGAAGUCUGUGAGGCUGUUGUAGAAAGCCUGGCAGAAGUGACUGAAGAACCAACAACGGCACCUAUCGAAGAGUCGGCCGAAGAGACCUCUGCUUCUGAACCUACGGUCACUGCUGUUGCAGACGUCCCCGUCGCAGCGGGCGAGGAAACGGCCUUAGCCGAGGAGUUGCCAGUAGCCAUCGAAGAGGCUGCUCCCGUGGAUGUCGUAAUUGAAGAGGCCGUCGAGGUACAGCCAGAGGCGGAGAGCGAGGCUGUUCCUGAAGUGGAAGACACGACGACGUCUGUUCAGGAACCGACGGCUGCUGAUGAGGUACCGCCUGAGGAAGUCGCUGGCGAACCACUCGUGAUCGAAGUCGCGACCGAGACGGCUCCCGGGGUUGAGGAGGUUAUCCAACAGGAAGUACUCCCUCAGCCUGCUCUCGCAACGGACGCUGCGCUUGUUGAGCCUUCAGACAAUCUCGCUGAAGAUGCGACAAUACCUUCAGAUGCCCCUCUUACUGACGCGGCCAUUCCCGCGGAAGCUCCAGUCCUCGAGGAGACUCUGCCUUCUGCUAUCGUAGUCCCCGUUAUGGAUGAGGCGUCUGCAGUUCCCGAAGCUAUUGUUGAACCCGCAGCUGUCGCUGCAGAGGAAAGCAUACCUGUCGCGGUGGAUAACGUACCAGCCGUCACCCCAGCUGAGGUGGUUGCAGACAAAGUCGAGGGAUCGGACGACAACGUGGUCGAGGCCGGAGAAGACGCCGAGUCUACCACGAGUGACGAACACGUGGAGAAGUCACUUGCGGAGGCUAUCGCGGCCGCUGCUGCUGUAGCUGCUGUUGUGAUCGGUGCCGCCAGUGACCCAUCCGCUGCCGAUGCUGUCGUCGCGGAUGAGCCCGCUGUUCCUGUAGCUGAAGAGGCUGUACCGGAGCCGGCUGCGUCAGCGGCUGUCGAUAUUGUCAAGGCUGUGGAAGAACUACCUGCCGAAGGUUCAGUCACCGUUCCCGUCGUAUCGGCACCUGAUGCGGAACCUACGGAGGCCACAAUUGAGGCAAUUGGUGCUGACGUUGGCGUAGAGGAACGUGUGGAUGCAGUCGAGGAAGCAUCUGUGGAGGCUCCAGUAAUCACUGUGGUUGUCGAAGGCGCUGCAGACGAGCCUGCCGUCGCGGCUGAGCCUAGCGCCGAGACUGAGACUGUGGCACCCGCUACCAUAGAGCGUCCGAAAUCGCCGUGGACCCCAUCAUACACCGUUACGACGCAAGGUCCAGGAAGUGCCGCCCCCGAAGAGGUCGAAGUGCUGGAACAAUUGCCUCCUCCUGUAGCAGAAGUUCAGGCCGCCCUUGAAGUUGCAGAAACGACUAUCACAGUCCCAGUCAUAUUGACGGAGAUUGUCGAGGAGCCGGCAAGUGACCUUCCGCCGGAGGAGUCCACUGUCGACGAGUCUGCCGCUGUUCCCGUCGAGGUGCCGAAGUCACCAUCUUGGGUGCGCUCGUAUUCAGUCAGCUCCCAGGGUGCCAGCCCAGCACAAUCGCCCAAGGUCGAGACUGUGCAAAUUGAGGUCGCACAGACUGCCGAGCCGACAGAGGUGACCGUCCCGACGGUCGAAAUCGAAAGUGCACCGGAGCCCGUCGCGCCUACUACUGUGGAAGCCGAGGUGACUGUGCCCGUCCCGCCGCCUGUCGAGAUCGAGGUGGCGCAGGUUGAAAGCGAACCAGAACCUACCACUGAAGCUCCCGUCGUCGAAGCUGUUGCCAUUGAGGUGGUAGCCGAACCUGAAGUCGAGCCCUCUGUUCCUGUCGAACCUUCAGAGGAGGCGCAGAUACCUGAGCCCAUCAUCGUCUUGAUACAGUCAGAGCCAGAACAAGCCAUUGCCGAAGUGGUAGCACCUACACCCGUGCCGGCCGCCGCGCCUGCUGCCAUUGAGAUUGAGAGACCGAAGUCGCCUGCGCCUUGGACUCCGUCAUAUUCGGUUUCCCGACAAGGUACCAGUCCCCUCAGCAUUCCUGUGGCGAGCGAAGAGAAAGAAGUAGAGCACCUCGAGGAGUUGCCCGCUCCUAUCGCCCCGACUGUGACGGUGUCUUCGGACUCACCUGUCGAAGAACACGCGAUCAGCGCAGAGGCUCCCGUUGCAAUCGUUGAAUCACCCCCUCGUCCAUGGACGCCUUCAUACUCUGUCACAUCGCAGGGUCCUGACUCCCCGAGGCCGCAAGAGGAGGAAGUCUCACACGAAGAGAGAGUGGAACCUCCGUCUCGUCCUUGGACACCGUCGUACACGGUCACGUCACAAGGACCCGAUAACUCCGCCGCUCAGGCAGUUGAUGAGCCGGCCCCGGAGAGCGAUAAGCAAGCCUUCCCGACAACAGAGGGUAAUGGCAAGGGUGUCGCUACGAAGCCUAGCCUUGCACGGUUAGCACCGCUCGACGAGAACGAGCAGCUGCAGACGGAGCAAGUGGCCCAUGUCGAGGUCCAGCCCCCGUCUCCGACUACGAUCCGCACCAGGCACGAGUCGACAACCUCGUCGCGGUUCUUCCCUGGCGGAUGGUUCUCAAGCUCGCCGAAGCUCACCGAAGAGUUCACUACGCACGAGACUGCGGAGGGCGAGUUCCUCAAGGGCCCCAGCAGCGCCAUCGAGUCGCCCGGGUUGGAGGUGCCAGCAAACACGCCAAUCGACGGCAAGAUCGACGAGGAGAAGCAGAAGGGCAGGUGGUGCACGAUAAUGUGAAUGAAUGCUGAUAGCUUUACGAAUUGUUUGAUGACCGAUAUGUCCAAAUCUACCACUUACGGGUCUCUUGUCUUAUACUUUA